AUGGACUCCUGUGAGACAUGUCAGCAAAUAAGGAAGCCCAAAUACGCGUCUGUUCCACCCCAGCCCCUAGAGCUUCCCGCUAGACCCUGGCAACACGUUUCUUACGACAUGAUUGUUGAUUUACCAAAGGACGGAAAUCACAACUCAAUCUUGGUCAUCAUUGAUAGCUUCACCAAGUACGGGAUAUUUGUCAAAUGCUCUAAGAAACUGAAAGCCCCGGAACUAGCGGAAUUAUUCCUGGAACACGUAUGGAAACGGCACGGCAUGCCCAAAAAAACGGUCUCGGAUAGGGGGAAAGUGUUCAACAGCAAGUUCUUAAAGGCGCUGUACAGACGUCUGGGUAUAGACCCUCACUUCUCCUUGGCGUAUCACCCCCAGAGCGACGGACAGACGGAACAAGUCAACCCAUCCAUUGAACACUUCCUCAGGGCGUACUCAGGGAUUAACCAACAAGACUGGACUAAGUGGCUGCCAAUGGCGGAAUUUGCAUACAACAACGCCGUGCACAGUAGUACUGGGAAAACCCCUUUCAAAGCCCUAUACGGAUGGGAACCCACCUUAACCCCAUCCAACAUACCGACAGAUGUUCCAGAAGCGGAUGAACUUGCCCAAACAAUGGAAGCGCAAUGGAAGGAAGUAGAGUCGGCCCUCCGGCAAGCCAAGCAACGGAUGACAGCUGGAGAAAGCGGAAGCCCUACAAAAUUUGAAGUUGGAGAAGAAGCUUGGCUCGACGCCAAGAAUGUCAACCUCAAAACCUUGAGCCCCAAACUGACAGAACAACGUUUGGGCCCAUUCAAGGUUACCAAAAAAAUCUCCGACCGCGCUUACCGGCUAGAACUGCCCCCAACAAUGCGCAUUCACAACGUCUUCUACAUGGGACUCCUAUCUAAGGUCAAAAGGGACAGCAAGCGCGCCUUCAAGAACCGCCCACCACCAGUCACUGUGUACGGGGAAGAAGAAUACGAGGUGGAGGGGAUCACUGAUGCUGAAGAAAGGAACGGGAAAUGGUUCUUCCAAGUCAAAUGGAAAGGCUACGGAUCCAAGGAGAAUACAUGGGAACCUUGA